GGUGUGCGCGCUGGUCCCGAUGCACCUGCCAAAGCUGGGAGCUUGCGGAAGGGCGUGCGGGCCUGGUCUUGAGUGGUCGGAGGUCUCCAGGAGCCCUCAGCAUCCCUUCUUUCUUACUCAUACACCCCAGCCUCACGCGUUAGGCGUUCCCCCAGCAGACGAGGCAGAAGAUAUACCAUCAGGUCCUAGAAGGAUUCUACCACUUUCUCCUCCACCCUGAAGAGACUUGGAAAUUAAUGGGUAACAUUUUGCAUGAAAAUUACUGAAUGCUUUUCCUUCUUAUCUCUGAGGCCUUCUGUGGAGAAUUAAUAAGAGAUUGAGUGUGCAUGGAUAAAAUGGAUCAUCUUAAAGGAUUGAAGUUCCAAAAAUAUAUCGGCAGGACUGGACAGGUUUGACAUAAUGAGAUUUCUAUUUUAGCUUGACUUCUGGAACUCUGAAUAAACUAUAAACUGAGCCGCACAGGUCCUGGGAAGGAAGUUUCUCUUCUAAAAUAUUCUAGCUGCACAUAACGUUUUUCGUAUUCAGAACCUUUGAAAACAUAUAUUUACUUCUCAAUUUCCUGAGAAGACUAAGAGACACUCGCCAACUUUUAAUAUAUGAAGCGAGAUAGAAAGCAGCAAUUUGUAUCAUUUUGGAAAAGAAAUUUAAAGAAACAGACACCAGAAAGACGAGGAAUCUCUACAUAAGCACUGGUUGACAUGGCAGAAGCUUCUGUGGAUGCCUCGACUCUGCCCGUAACGGUGAAGAAAAAGAAAAGUUUAUCCAUUGAAGAAAAGAUUGACAUUAUAAACGCAGUAGAAAGUGGCAAGAAAAAGGCAGAAAUUGCCGCUGAAUAUGGAAUAAAGAAAAAUUCAUUGUCUUCUAUUAUGAAGAAUAAAGACAAAGUUCUAGAAGCCUUUGAAUCUCUGAGAUUUGAUCCAAAGAGAAAAAGACUGAGAACUGCUUUUUACACAGAUCUGGAAGAGGCAUUAAUGAGGUGGUAUCGAAUUGCUCAGUGUCUAAAUGUACCAGUUAAUGGUCCAAUGUUGCGUCUAAAAGCUAAUGAUUUUGCACAGAAACUGGGACAUAAUGAUUUUAAGUGCAGUAAUGGUUGGCUGGAUCGCUUUAAAUCCAGGUACGGUUUAGUAUUCAGAGCUCAACCUGUAGAAGCUACAGGUGUAUCGGUAGACCCUUCAACUGUCUGGCACCAAAAUGUACUUCCUUAUUAUUUAAACGAUUAUCAUCCUAACAACGUCUUUAAUAUAAAAGAGACUGGGCUACUUUAUCGAAUGUUACCUACAAAUACAUUUGCAUUUAAGGGAGAAACGUGCUCAAUUGGAAAAUUAUGCAAAGACAGAAUAACUCUAGUGGUUGGGACAAACAUGGAUGGGUCAGAGAAACUUCCUUUGCUUAUCAUUGGAAAACACAGAAAUCCACAUUGUUUCAAAGGUAUAAAAUCAUUGCCUGUGUGUUAUGAAGCUAACAGAAUGGCAUGGAUGACCUCAGAGGUGUUUGAACAAUGGAUGCGGAAGCUCGAUGAGAAAUUUCAAGCCCAGCAACGAAGAGUGGUGAUCUUUGUUGAUUCUUUUCCUUCACAUCCAGAGGUAAAGAACCUAAAGUCCAUUGAGCUAGCAUUCUUCCCAUCAUGUUUAUCUUCCAAAUUUAUAGCUAUGAAACAAGGUGUUAUUAAAAGCCUUAAAAUCAAAUACAGACAUUGCCUUAUCAAAAAAUUUUUAAGCUCUGUUGAAGGCAGCAAAGAAUUUACAUUCUCCCUACUAGACGCGGUUGAUACUUUGCACCUUUGCUGGAGGGCUGUAACCCCCGAGACUAUUGUUAAGAGCUAUGAAGAGGCAGGAUUCAAAUCUCAAAAGGGAGAAAGUGACAAGACAAAUGAAGAGGCAGACACUGGUCUUGAUUUGGUUGCCCACGCUCAGGCAGCAGGCGUGGAAUUUCCUGAAGGUUUAUCUCUAGAAGAGUAUGCUGCCCUUGAUGAUGAUUUGGAGACCUGUGAAGCAGCACCAGAAGGUGAUUCCAUACAGACUGAAGAGAGUAAAUCAGAUGAAACUGGGCUUUAUACUUCUGAUGAAGAGGAUGAUGGUGGAUCUCUAGGAACUGAACUCCCUUUACCAUCAAAAAAUGAAGCGAUAACUGCUUUAGAUACUCUUAAAAGUUUUCUUAGAAGUCAAGAUAUGAACGAGGAGCUUCAUAAUUCUUUAGCAGACCUUGAAAUUUUUAUUAACUCCUCAUCUAAAUAAUUAUCUGUGGUAUAACAUCUUUUCCUAAUGUAUUUUACUAGAUAAAAUAUAUGAAGGAAACUACCACUUAAACACAAAAAAAUUUAAAACCUAGCAAUCUUUGGUUUAAUUGCAAAUGUCUAUGACCUGAAUAGCUAAGUUGCCCUAGGUAGAUUAAAUAAAGAGUAAGUAAAUGGAAAAUAUGAAUUUCAAUUUAGCAAGGUUUGGGGGAGUAGAAAAUGUAUUACAGAGGCCUUGUACUUAGAAUAUAUGGUACAUAUGUCAAAAAUAAAAGAAAAAAAACCUCUCCAGCUAUUUGAUUAA